UUUGCUCAGUUUUCAUUCAUUUAUCAACUUUAAUCACCAGGAAAAAAAACACUACACAGGCAAACAAUGUGGCAUAACUCUUUCUUGGAACUCACAACCUGUUAGCCACCAUAAAGUUAAUUUAAGAAUGAAGCCCUAUAAGUGUGAAGAAUGUGGUAAGGCCUUCCAUUUUCCAUCAUUACUUUGUAUACACAAGAGAAUUCACACAGGAGAGAAACCCUUCAAGUGUGAAGUAUGUGUCAAGGCCUUCUAUGUUCCAUCGCAACUUUCCGUAUACAAGAGAAUUCAUACAGGAGAGAAACCCUUCAAGUGUGAAAUAUGUGGAAAGGCCUUCCAUACCCCAUCAUUACUUUCUAUACACAAGAGAAUUCAUACAGGAGAGGAACCCUACAAGUGUGAAGAAUGUGGCAAGGCCUUUACUCGUCCAUCAGGACGUUCUAAACACAUGACCAUUCAUACAGGAGAGAGAUCCUACAAGUGUGGAAUAUGUGGUAAAGCCUUCUGUUUUCCAUCACUGCUUUCUGAACACAAGACCAUUCAUACAGAAGAGAAACCUUACAAGUGUGGAAUAUGUGGCAAGGUCUGUAAAACUUCCCGGAUUCUUUCAGCUCACUUGAUAAUCCAUUCUGGAAAGAAAACUUACAAGUGUGAGGAAUGCAGAAAAGCCUUCUAUAAAAAGUCAUACCUGGGCUGGAGGGAUGUCUCAGCAGUUAAGAGCACUACUUGUUCUCGCAAUGACUGGGAGAAGCCUCUUCGUACUGUGGCCAAUGAGAGACUGCAGGAGUCUCUCAUGUUUAGUUGA